AUGUCCAGGGCCCCGAUCCAGGCCCGCCGCCCGAUAAACCCCAGAUCGCUACACCGACGCCCGCAACACCGACAUACCUCCGACUCCGCCAAAAAUGGACACAAGAACCCCGCGGAGAAUAGCAAGCUCGAGAAUGCCCAGUCACAAUCUCAUGCGUCAACACCUCCACAAUCGGUGCCGGCGGGCGGCGCAGUCGUGCGAUCGCGUGGACUUCGCAAUGUCAUAAUGGCUGGACCGGUUGGGAAGUUUGGGCGAUGGUAUGCGCGCGCACAAGACCGCAAGCCGUAUGCGACUCAGCUUUGGAGCUCGGUCAUUAUCUACCUGUGUGGUGAUCUGAGUGCGCAGCUGAUGUUUCCCGCCGAGGUAUCGGCAUCUGGAAAGGAGGGAGCGGAGGUGGAGGCGAAUGAGGAAGAACAAGAGACUGUCACGGCUGGAUAUGAUCCUUACCGAACUUUGCGACAUCUUUGUGUUGGAAUUGGAUCUAGUAUUCCAUCUUAUAAAUGGUUUGCAUUCCUCAGCAACAACUUCAACUAUUCCAGCAAAAUCCUCUCGAUCCUGACCAAGGUCGUUGUUCAACAGACUUUCUUCACUCCUGUCUUCAAUACAUACUUCUUCAGCGUGCACUCGCUUCUCGCUGGCGCUACACUUGAUGAGACGUGGGAGCGAUUGAAGAAGGCUCUCCCAGUCAGUAUUCAAAAUAGCGUGAAGCUAUGGCCUGCUGUCACGGCAUUCAGCUUCAUGUAUGUCCCAGCGCAGUUCCGGAACGUGUUCUCGGGUUGCAUUGCUGUUGGCUGGCAGACAUACCUCAGCUGGCUGAAUCAGAAGGCAGCCAAGGAGGUCUUGAUUGCAGAGCAACUUGCAGAAGCCGAAGAGAGGAACAGAAACACGCUCCCUGCUGUCUCUGGUGGGAGAUUGAUUACCGCCACAGCUGCUUAG